ACAACUUUACAGGAAGCGUCUGGCAGCGAGAGAGGGGAAACAAAAGUCUCACAGGACAGUCUCUCGUUCGGUGUUGGUGUUCGUGGUGUGCCAGUGCGGCGUUCUGAAAGUGUGCGUUUAACCGCAGGAGCACGGGUCCAGCGAUUGUUCCUGCAGGCAGUGCGUCGAGCGAGUAUGCAAGAGAGCUGACGGCGACGCUGAAGAAUCCUUCUUUCGGUUGCCGCCAUGUCUGAAGGAGGCGUCCAGAUCCUGCCCUCCUCCAAGGAGAAUGGGGAGGCAGGCGACAACGAGGACUACAAGGCUCUCUACUUCCAGGAGUUGGAGAAGAGGAAGAGCCUUAUGAAGUUGGCACAGAAAGCGGCUCGCGACUACGACGAGCUGAAGAGGCGGUUCACGAACACCUCGCAGACGGCCGAGUCCCUUCAGCUGCGCCUGGAGGAGAAGGAGGUCGACCUGAACAACCUCAGAAGCGACAAAACUGAACUGAAAGUGGUCUCAACAGUUUCGGAGGCAGUUUACCACGAGUACGACGAACUGCGCAGGCGCUGCGAGAUAGAGGCAGAGUCCAUGACACAAGCUUUCAACAGAGCGACUGAGUGGUACCGUGAGAACAAAGCUCUGAGAAGGGAAGCCAAUUCACUCAAGCGGCAAAGUGCUAUGCUGCUCCAGAAGGUUGCAGAAACCUCGCCUGAUCUGGACAUUUCCUCCUUGGGCAGCAUGUUCGAGUCUGGGGACAAGCAGGAGGUUCAGGAACUCCAGCAACAACAUGAACAAGAGGUGUCCAAGUUAAUGACCAAGAUCAAAGAUUUUGAAGUAGAUAUAGCUAGCCUGACAGCAGACUUAAACAAAGCCAAAGAAGAUGAAUUUGAAGCACAAGAGGAACUGUUGGAUGCCCAGAAACAGCUGGAAGAGGCCAAUAAUCAAAUCGAACAGCUGCAAGGGAGAGUUUCAGAAUUGGAGGCGGUGGAGAGACGUAUGGGACGUGUCUCAGUUUUGGUCCUGGACGAAGUGGAAGCUCUUCAAGCUCAGCUGCGCUCAGAGGCUGCAAGGGCAAACAGUGCUGCCACAGAGGCAGCUAAAGCCCGCAGUGAGCAGCAAGCUCUUUUCCGACAGAGUGCUGUUGCUCUUGCAGAUGCCAUGGGAGAUGAGAGGUUGCGCUUAUCACUAGAGGAGAUUCACAAGCUCACAAAACAACUUCAUCUGCAAGAAGAAGAAUACACUCAAAAUUUGCACAAGUUGAAGAAUGACUUACUCUCCUAUGAAUCUGGCGAAAAAGCUGCUGAGCUGUCGUUACUUCGAGAACGUGUCCAUGUAUUAGAGGAAGAAGUUCGUUCUCAGGAGCGAAAAGCUAAGGAAGCUAAUGAUAAAAAUGAAAAACUUCAACAAGAAGUGGAAGAACAACGGAAGCAAAUACAUACAUUAGAGCUCAAAGCCCAGAAAGCAGUACAAGAAGCAAGUUCUGUCUGUAAGUCCUCAAUGUCUCUGGAGCUUCAACCAACUGGUGGUCCUUCUCCUCCUCCACCACCACCCCCUCCUCCUCCUCCACCUCCUCCUGGCUGUCCUCCACCACCUCCAGGAUGUCCCGCACCCCCACCCCCACCACCACCUCCACCUCCACCCCCACCUCCACCACCAGUCAAUCCAGUGACUACUUUAGCAACAAUGAUAGGCGUUUCAAAGAGUAGGAAAGACAAAGAUGCAGAUGGUUCUGAUUCUGGUGGGAGAGGAGGAAUGGAUGAUCUCAUUAACCAAAUUAAACAGGGUGGUGUAAAGCUUAAAUCAACAAAACCAUUUGGUAUUGGAGGUAUCAAUAAGAAAACAGAACCAGACAUGAAGGAGAAGCCAGCAGAUGCCGUGCAGGAAAUGAAAAGCAUUUUAGCUACUAUGAAGCGAGGACGUCAUGGUCGCUUGCGACCUUCUGCCAUUUCCCAGGAGGCCAAAUCACGAACCACAAAAUCAAAGAAGAAGAAAGAAGCUAAAGAGGAUCAGUAUUUGGAUGAUGACAGUUCCAAAACUAAUGACAAAGAAAAAGCUGAUGCUGAAUCAAAUGAAUGUAAUGAAGCUGAGAAAGUCACAGAUAAAUCAAAAGAAAAUUCUCCAUGCAGUGAUGAACGAUCUGACUCUGGUAAUGUUGUUACUGCAGAAACAUCCUUUACCUUACAGUUGAAUAACCACCACCAUGAUGAUAAUUCCAGUCGUGAGGCAUCCCCUCCAACUGCUACCAGUGGCCGAGAAUCCGAAGAGAGAGAGAACAGUAGUCGUCCUCCAUCUGCCAGAGCUGUGUCUUCAACUACUAUAUACCUUAGAUCAAGCAGAAGUCCCUCACAAGACUGAUACAUUUAAACUAAAUAAAUAUAAUGUUAAUUGCUUGUAUAAUUGUGUAGAGUAAAAUAGAUUGUCUAUCCAAAGUUAUCUGAUGCCUAAAUGUCAGAGUGAUUAGAAUUUUAUACAGUACAAUUAAAGAACACUAUAGUGCCUUUCUGUUUUCUCUUGAUUAAAUUGUAUGACCAUAUUUUUGUUUUUCUGGUAUGCUUGUUAACUUUAUAACAUAUUUUAAAAGCUUAAUCUUAUUGUACUAUAUAUUGUAGGUGUACAUACUUUGCCUGAAAAACAUUUGUUUUGCUAUUCAAUUCCAAAUAGGUGGAAAGUUUUCAUAAGGUAAUCAUAUUGUUAUCCUAUGUCAAUCUGCUUAGCAUCUGAUCAUGUACGUAUUUCAUUCUAUAGUAAUGCAGUAAAGAAGGUAAAACAUUAUAAUUGCUCAAAGACGCUCUUUGCACUAAAUGGUAAUUCACAAAUAUGUAUACUCUUUAUAAGUAGUACUCCGAUAUAGUUUUCCUACAUACCAAGAAGUAUUGCAGUUGCUCCUGAAAGAUACUUCAUGAGCACUCAUUAGCGUGUUUUUGCCUUUUGUUGUUAUUUAUCUUCUGUGAAGGUAUAUAGCACAGUACAUUUCAUUUCAUCUGUAUGAAGAGAGUUACAUUCUUAAAAAAAUGUAGCAUUUUAAUAAUUCACAGGUUCUUCAGUCACACUAACAUGUUACAAAACAAUCAAAAUUCAUGUUGAUAGGCCAGAGGUAUGAACAGAAUACACUUCUAUUUCCAGAGCCUCAAUUUGUCUUUUCUUUACCUUAAAGUCUUUCCCUUUCUCCAAACUACAAUUUUAUUUAAUAAACAAACCAUGAACAGUA